AUGUCUUCCACCCACACCCACCCCACACCCCCCGACCCCGGCCUCAUCGACGUCCACCACCACUUCUUCCCCCCCAACUACACCCUCUUCAAACAAACCCUCUCCCACUCCCUCGGCUUCCGCACCCCACCCGAGAACUUCCCAUGGUCCGCCUCGUCGUCUCUCCGCGCCAUGGACACUCUCGGGAUCGAGCUCGCUAUACUUUCUACGCCGGCUGGGUAUCCGCAUCUGGAGGGCGAAGAGGGCAGGAAGAAGACAAGGGAGGCGAAUGCACAGAUGGGCGAGAUAUGUAAGUGUGAGGAGUGGAGGGGGAGGUUUCGGUUUUGGGGGUGUGUUGGGGAUAUGAGGGAUACGCAAGUGGCGCUGGAAAUGAUAAAAUACUCGAUGGACGAGCUGGGAGCGGUGGGAAUCGCGGUCGCGUCGUGCUAUGGGAAUGGAAGCGACGCGAAGUACAUCGGCGACGACAUCUUCGAUCCAAUCUGGGAAGACCUCAACCGCCGAAGCGCGAUCGUCUUCCUGCACGGCGCCCAAAUCCCCUCCUCCACUCCCUGUCCAAACGAAUUCCUCGGAGUCCCCGUCACAGAAGUCCCCAACGAAACAACAAAAGCCAUCUCCCACCUCGUCACCUCCCUUAAAACGCUGCACUAUCCCCAGCUCACCUUCCUCCUGUCCCAUCUUGGCGGAACCCUCACCGCGCUCGCGCCGCGCGUUGCGGCGUUGGCGCGAUAUAUGGGUUCGGAGAUGAGUGAGGAGGCGAUUUUGAGAGAGUUUGGGAGGUGCUGGUUGGAUUGUGGGUUGAGUUGUGGGGAGGGGAGUUUGAGGGGGGUUGAGGCGAUGACUGCGGGGGGAGGAGAGGGAGGAGGGUUGGGAAGGGUGGUGUACGGGAGCGAUUAUCCUGCUGUGUCGAUAAAAACGAUCGAGUGGUUCAAAAAGAACCUGGUAGAUUAUUGUGGCGAGGACGAGCAGAAGCUCGACGGGGUCCGGCGGGGGAACGUCGUGAGGCUCUUCGAGUCCCAUGGGAUCGAUAUUCUCGCUUCUCGAGCAUGACAUUAUGAACCGCCUGUACAUAAGUACUCAGCUACACGUGUAUGUAUUCUAAGUUUUCAAC